AUGGUGCACAACAUAGAUACAGGCGCCGCAUCGCCAUCGCUCAAACUGACUAGUGCUGGGGCACCGAGCCCUCUGCGUUCUCCCCUCGGUAGGAGAGACAGCAGAGACAUGGCAUCGUCGCACCGCCAAUCGUUCAGCGAGCGCGGUAUUCCAAACUCCCCACGCCAGCGCAAUCCCUCGUUAUCGCAGCAGGCCAUACAGGAUCUGAUUAACAACCCGCCGGUUGGUCGCAAGGAUGACGCUCUUCCCAAGUUCGCGGGACGCGACUGGCGCAGCAUCACUCUCGAAGAGAUCUUGGUGCCCGACGAGGUCCGCUUUGUCGAGGUCGACAACACCAUUGAGGCUGCAACCAAGCUUUUGAUUGAGUCUGGAUCGCCCAAUGUCAUCCUCAUCCGUGAAACUUCCUCGACCCGCGAGGCGAUUGGCCAAUUCGACUACGACGACCUCAACGCCUACCUCCUUCUCGUUACCGGUCUCGCUCGCCCUCAAGACUCUGACUUCGAUCAAGUUGACAAGAUCGUCUCUCGUGCACGCACAAACCAACCUGUAGAGCUCGGCCAUGUCAAAGACCUACUCGGCCGUAAAGAGACACCUGCUUUCUGUGACGCCUCCGCCACAUUGUCCCGCGCUGUCGAGAUAUUCGGUGGUGGUUGCCAUCGCAUCAUCGUACGCGCACCUGGUUCGCAAGACGUAGUGGGAAUAUUGAGUCAAUUGAGACUUGUGCGAUUCCUGUGGGAGAACAGAGCUAGCUUCCAGCCCGUCGAGCAGCUACACAAUCGUUCGCUGAAGGAGCUCGAUCUGGGCAGUCACAAGGUCAUCUCGAUCAAUGGCGAUCGUCCACUCAAGGAUGCUCUGCUGCUUAUGCACAGCGAGGGUAUUACAUCGCUGCCCGUGCUCGACAACCACAAGAAUGUCAUUGGCAACAUUUCUCACGUCGACAUCAAGCUCCUCACCAACACCUCGGCCCUUCCUCUCCUCGACUCCUCUUGCAUUCAUUUCAUCACCGUCAUCCUCUCGGAGCGUGGUAUGAACGAUGGUCAGGACUCGUAUCCUGUAUUCCACGUCAACCCAACCAGCACACUCGCUCACACAGUCGCAAAACUCGUCGCAACCCGGUCUCAUCGCAUGUGGAUCGUCGACGCCCCAUCACCCACUUCUUCUAUCCCUCCUUCUCCACACCUUGGUCCUUCGGUCACAGCGCCUCCACCGGUGCUCUCUCAGCUCUCGUCCACAACCCAAGGCCCACCGUACACACCAGCUACACCCAACGUGUCUGUAUCCGCCUCGUCACUACCGGGUGCGACGCUUGGAGGCCACUUGAACGGUGUAGUCAGUUUGACAGACUUGCUCAAUUUGUUUGCUCGCAUGUCUGGACUUAGCCCUCUGGAUCCGGAUGAGACUAGACGUCGACGUCGCAGGAGCAGCAGUCACUCUUCCAUGCAAGCUAGUGUCGACAGCUUCAGAAGCAGCGUUGAUAUUGGCCGUGCUGGCAGUCAGCGCAGAUGA